AUGAGCUGGCAGUCCUACGUCGACGACCAUCUUUUGGGCACGGGGCACGUGACCCAAGGCGCGAUCUGCGGGACGGACGGAUCCAUGUGGGCCGCGUCCGCGGGCUUCGACGUGCGCGCCCCGCCCGAGGUCUCGAAGAUCGUGGCGGGCAUGGACGACCCGUCCGCGCUUCAAGCGGGCGGCGUGUACGUGGGCGGGCAGAAAUACAUGUUCAUCUCCUCCGACGAUCGCAACGUGGUGGGCAAGAAGGGGAGCAACGGUCUGUUCGUGUGCAAGGCGGCGACGUGCGUGGUCGUCGGCACGCACGACGAGAACAUCCAGGGCGGGAACUGCAACACGUGCGUCGGUAACUUGGCGGACUACCUGCAGAACAACGGCAUGUGA